AUGAAAUUCAUCAUCCUUCUUUAUGUGGCUAUUGCCUCUAUUACCACUGCCGCCAGCAAUGUCUGCCACUCAGGGAUUUACGCACUUUUAGCACCUCUCGCUGGCUACCCCCCUGCACAAAGUUAUUGCUCAGCGCACUAUCCCCCAACAACCGUGACUGUUUCGACCAGCUUCAUCAGCAAGAAGAAAUUCAGAUUUGCGCGAGCCACACCUGCUGCAGAACUCGAAGAUGUCGUUCUCGACAAACGCCAGCAGACCACCACUAGGCCUCAUACGACCACCACUACGCCACAUACGACCACAACUACGCCUCAUACGACCACCACUACGCCUCACACGACCACCACAACCCAGGACCCUAAGGCAGCCCAGUGGUCGAGCUUUGUGAAGACGGCGGGAAGCAUUAUCUCCACCUUCUGCCAAUGCAUUGAGAGUCAUCCCACGGUCGGCGUUCCUCCUCCGUCGACAAUUCCGACAACAACGCCGUCAACGACCACGCCUGUUUAG